AAAGUAGAUGAGAAUAAUAGGUGAAGGCCGGAGCCGCUGAGGCCGCCAUGAAGAGCUCCAUCUAGCGGCCGCUGACAAAGACUGCAGGACAACGUGUGAUGGAGCUGUGAAGGACUCCUCCGGCCUCCCGUCCCCUCAGACUCCUCCAGAUCUCCGCUGACGUAUGUUGGGUAAAAAAUGCCGCUGGUGGUGAGCUGGCCGUUCCCUGUUAAUCCGCACUUACGGAGGCGCGCCAUCAGUAUGGUGAUUACCGGCCUGGUUGGCACCUACAGCUGGAUAUGGACCAAGUACAUGAACAGUCUGCAGGUGCACAACAAGGAAGUGUUGUAUGAGCUGAUCGAGAAGCGGCAGCCGGACACGCCGCUUAUCACCAUCUGUAACCACCAGUCCUGCAUGGACGACCCUCACCUGUGGGGUAUAUUAAAGUUAAGACACCUAUGGAAUUUGAGUACGAUGAGAUGGACGCCCACUGCAGCGGACAUAUGCUUUACAAAAGAGAUGCACUCCUGGUUCUUCAGUAUGGGCAAGUGUGUCCCGGUGUGCCGAGGCGAUGGAGUCUAUCAGAAAGGAAUGGACUUCAUCCUGGAGCGGCUGAACAAUGGAGAGUGGGUGCACGUGUUUCCCGAAGGUAAAGUUAACAUGACCCAAGACUUCAUGAGGCUGAAGUGGGGCAUCGGCCGUUUGAUAUCAGAGUGCACGUUGAAUCCUAUCAUCCUUCCUCUCUGGCAUGUCGGAAUGAACGAUGUGCUUCCCAAUGAUCCUCCAUACUGGCCACGAUGGGGACAGAAGAUCACUGUGCUGGUUGGGCGCCCGUUCAGCAUCGCACCCGUGGUGGAGAAGUUGAAAGCGGAGCACAGGACGCCUGUUGAGAUGAGGAAAGCCAUCACUGACUACAUCCAGGAGGAGUUCUGUAAGCUGAAGUCCCAGGCAGAGAAUCUGCACCAAAGUUUUAAAGAACAGACGUGACGAGGAGCCACCAAAGAGCAGAGCCGCCGCAGCUCACCGCCACACACCAGAUGCCUUCCUUUAUAUUGUUUUUAACUCCAUUCAGAGCCCUUGACAAAUAUUAGGGCUGGAUCACAUCACGUUUUCUCCCAUACAGCAGGGGGGGAGCUAAAACCUUGCGCUCCCGUAUGUAAUUCAUUUCAAUGAGCCGGGCCGGAGUGAAACGUUCGGUCCGGUCGGCUCGAUUUUGCGGCAUAUGCGCUUUUACAACCGGACCGGUCCGGGGAAAAAGCUCAUACGGGGCAAAAAUGAGCUGUCCGGACCGAACGUUUCACUGCGGUCGGCUCAUUGAAAUUAAUUACAUACGGGAGCGCAUACGGGAGCGCGAGGUUUUAGCUCCCCCCCCCCCCGUCGCGUGCGCUCCCGUAUGGGAGAAAACGUGAUGUGAACCCAGUCUUAGUUCGGACUCAAGGGGUGAAAUCUCGCCCCCUCAGGUUAUUUAUGUACAUUCAUUUACAUGGGCGCUUGCGCCGUAAACUGCUGCUAGAGAAUAUGAAGGUGACUAUGAAGUUUCAUGAUUUAUUGUAGGUGCAGCACAGGGAGGACUGGAGGACUCAGCCCUAGAUCCGUUCACCUGUGCUGGGCCCUGAUGAUGAUUUUAUUGUUUUUAAGCUGGAUUAGGUCAGUACCAUGAUGUCGGGUCCGGGGGGGGGGGGGGGGGUCCGCACCCAUUGCACUGUUCCCCCCCCCAUUCCUGGAGUCUUCCCUUUUUUGUCACAGCCUUUUAUUUAUCGUAAUGAAAUGGUUCGUACCUGUGCCGCAGGACAAUGUUUUAUACUGCUGAUUUGUUUUUAUUUUUCUGUAGCCGUCUUUCCAAUAAAGAUUUCUUCUC